GUCACGGGGAGGCGGGAGUGAGCAGAGCCGUGGGAGCUGGAGUCUGCGCAGCACACCGCGGGCCGCGCGCGGGAACCCGUGGUCGGCGGCGAAGAGUCGUCGGGUUUCGGCAACCCGGCGACCUAGGCGGAUCCGGGAGGAAGGGUGGGAGAAGAGCGGCUCUUCCGGCUCUUCCUGAGGCGAGCAGCGGAGGAGUGCGGAGCCGCGACAGCCCUGCCCUGCGACCUUCAGGGGCCGGCCCUCAGUGGAACUGGGGGCCGAACGGGUGCGCCCGAUUGGGGCGCCGCCGCCCACGCUGAGUGGGGGACACCCGCGCUGGCCGAGGUCCCCGCCCCGCUGACCAGGGACGCCCGCGCAGAUCCGGGCCGCUCACUUGACCGAGGUCGCCAACCCCGGCCUACCGGGGACACCGCUCUCCGCCGACCCCGGACGUCACCAGCUACGCAACCCCGGCUCCCUCGGGCGCAAGAGCACCUGGGCAGAGGCUUCCUUCAGCAGGGCCGGAGAUGGCAUCGGUGGACUUCAAGACCUACGUGGAUCAGGCCUGCAGAGCUGCUGAGGAGUUCGUCAACGUGUACUAUACCACCAUGGAUAAGCGGCGGCGCUUGUUGUCCCGCCUGUACAUGGGCACAGCCACCCUGGUGUGGAAUGGAAAUGCUGUUUCAGGACAAGAGUCCUUGAGUGAGUUUUUUGAAAUGUUACCUUCUAGUGAGUUCCAAAUCAACGUGGUAGACUGCCAGCCUGUCCACGAUGAAGCCACCCCGAGCCAGACUACAGUCCUCGUUGUGAUCUGUGGGACAGUGAAGUUUGAGGGCAACAAGCAACGGGACUUUAACCAGAACUUCAUCCUGACCGCCCAGGCCUCACCCAGCAACACAGUGUGGAAAAUAGCAAGUGACUGCUUCCGGUUCCAGGACUGGGCCAGCUAGUGGAGGCAAGAAAGGUCUCUGUUUCAGUCCCAGCUCUGUAGGGAAACAUAGAUCUCAAAAUGUGGAGACACAAGUUCCUUUCUGUUACUCCAGGCCACACCACCCCAUCUUAACUUUGCAUUUUCUGGAGUCCCAUGAGCCCCUUUCUGAGCAUAUUCUUGUUUGUCAUAGAUGCCUUUUCAAAGUAGUAAACUUUUCUAUUUUUCUACUUGUUCAGUAGAUAUCCUGGUUCUGGAAAUUCUCACAAAUAAAACAAUACAAAUGUU